UGAGUGGAGCGCGUAAAAGUAGAAAUACGACGACAGGUUUUUGUUUUGCUAGUGGAAGCGCGUCUGCCAAAUCUGACUGACUUUACAAAUCGCGCUCAACCGCGAACCGAUUAUUUAUUUACAUUUUAUUGUUUAAAGUGAAUGAACGCUGUAACAAUUUGUUAAUAACUUUUUUGUGAAAGAUACAUUUAGGUGGUUCGGCCAGUAAUUUUUGUGAUUAUUCGGAUUUUUUUUAUUUUUGUGAUAAUUGGUUAGUGAAAAUAUCAGUCAUGACGGACAACUAUUUAGGUGUGACGAUGGAUCAAAAAAGAGAUAAUUUUCCUUCGACAUUUACAGUGGAUAAUUUCAGUUCUACAGCUACUCUUAGUGAGCCCGUUAAAGUGCCGAUAGAUAGGCUAAAUUAUCCAGACAAAGAAUACAAUCAAUAUGAAAAUAGAGAAUUGGAACACCCUAACACGUUUAGCGGUGCUUUCAUUCACGUAGUCAAGAGCUCUCUAGGAACAGGAAUACUUGCUAUGCCUAGAGCUUUCAAAACAGCAGGAUUAGCAGUAGGAUUUUUCGGUACAAUAAUAGUAGGAUUAAUAUGUACUCAUACAGUACACAUUUUGGUAACAGCAUCUCAAAAAAUGUGUAUUAAAACAAAAACACCCAGUCUUGGAUACGCAGAGACAGCAGAAGCAGUUUUCCAAAAUGGUCCAAAGAAAUUCCGGCCGUGGGCGGGUUUUGCCAGAAAUUUCUCAGAAAUAGCGUUAGCGUUAACGUAUGCUGCUGGAAUAGCUGUAUAUGUUGUAUUUAUAUCAGAAUCGAUGCAGAAGCUCCUCUCAGAAUAUUUCUCCUCAGUUAGUGGAGAUGAAUGGAGUCUCUAUUUCAAGUUAAUAAUACUUGGACCUUUAAUACUCUUCUGUCAAGUCAGGGAAUUGAAGCACUUGGUUCCAUUUUCUUUCGUAGCAAAUAUAACGAUGUCUGUGGCAUUCGCUAUUACUCUGUAUUAUACUUUUUCCAAAAUUCCUGAUGUGGAUAUAUCUGAGAGACAGAUGUACACUGAUUGGAGUGGAAUUCCGUCAUUCUUCAGUACCGCCAUUUUUGCCAUGGAAGGUAUUGGUACUAUUAUGCCUGUAGAAAACUCCAUGGUAACCCCUCAAUUUCUGGGAUGCCCAGGUGUUUUAAAUAUGGGUAUGUUAAUUGUCGUCUCGUUCUUUGCAACCAUGGGAUCAUUUGGAUAUUAUGCUUUUGGAGGCGAUACGAAGGCAACCAUUACUCAGAAUCUUCCAUCAGAUGAAAUAUUAGCGCAAGUAGUGCAAGCAUCCAUCUCUUUAGCAGUGUUCCUAACCUUCAUGUUACAAUUCUACGUUCCUACCGAUAUAGUCUGGAGGAAAAUAAAGCCACACGUCUCCAAAGAAAGACAAAACCUCGCUCAGAUCCUAACUAGAGCAGCUUUGGUAGCAUUUAUAGUAGCAAUAGCAGCUGCAGCCGGUCAUCAUCUCGACGCUCUCAUAGACUUGGCCGGAUCCAUAUUCCUUUCUACGCUUGGAUUUCUCAUACCUGCCAUCCUCGAUAUUAUCAUUAAUUGGCAUGAAUGGGGUCGAUUCAACUAUAUUUUAGUGAAAAAUGUACUUAUUAUUAUCUUUUCUUUGUUCGGUCUCGUAUCGGGUUCCUAUUAUGCUAUGCUAGAAUUUACGAAGUGAUGCAAAAUAUAAAAAGGAAUUUAUUUAUUUUUUUACUAGCUUAUUAUUUAUGUAGAUAGUUUUUAUUUAUUGAAAUUAUUACUCGAAGUAGGAGAUAAAGAGUAUUUUGUUAGACAUUUACCAGUGCUAACUUUUUUUGAGAUUAUACAGUGUGUCUAUAUAUUGGUAUCUCGCUUAAUAUAAGAGAUAGAAGGUAAGUCAAUGGAGGAAUAUUUAAGAUAAUUUGAUACUAAUCUUCAAUAAGUUUUCAAAAUUAAUAAAAAUUAUGUAGUUUUUGAGGUAUUUAAAAAAAAACUAAAAAUAUCAAUUAUUUUUUUAAUAGUUAAUUAAUCGUUAAUUUAACAUAUUACAUUGUUACAUUCUAAAGACACUUUUUGUAAAAAAGUUAUAAAUUGUCCUUUUUUCGAGUUACUUUGAGGUUCAUUAUGCCUUAUGACGGACAUUUUGUGUUUUACAUAACUUUAUUUGCUCUCUAAAUUACCCAUGUCAGGACAUUUUUCAAGUUUUUUCAGGGUUGCGUACGCAUGGUCAUAGUAAGACAGAUAGUGAUAGAUACCAAAGCAUCACGUCAUCAAUAGUAUUGGGAAAAGAAAUUAUAGAAGUAGAGAAUAAGUAAACAAUAAUUUA